GAGGGGGCCGAGGCUGAGGUGUCUCCCACCAGCUCUCUUUUAUAAUGUCCCUCAGCGUCGACAAGUUUAAAACUUCCCCCCGAGAGUGUCAAAUGAAAGUCAGGCCGAGGGAGUGAAAAACACGAGCCGGUGCGUUCACGGCAAAGUCCGGAGUAUUGGCUGAGUUUCUGGGGCUGAGGUCGUUCAACAGCUGCUCCGGAGCUCCGUGUGGAUUGUUGGGUUGUUCGGGACACUAAACCCAGAGUUUGUCUCUCAAAGUUUGGGCUGCUGUCACUUCUCUGUCUUUUAGGUAUGCCUGUGGUCAGCAGUGUGUCUCCAGGGAGGUAACCAGGUGUGUUGCUGCUGUCAUGGCCUUCACAAUCCUGCGGCUGUGUCCUGUCGCUGUAGUCACAGUCCUCACAGUUCUGGUGUCGUCCUCUGAGGAACAUGAGUGGCAGUUUAACCCAGCUCAGUGUCGUUACGCCCUGGGGAUGGAGGACGGCACCAUCCCAGACUCUGACAUCACCGCCUCCAGCGCCUGGUCAGACUCCACCGAGGCCAAACAUGGAAGGUUGAGCACUGGUGAGGGGGACGGAGCAUGGUGUCCAGCAGGAGCCGUCUUCCCCAGUGGAUCAGAAUACCUUCAGAUUGACCUGCAAAAACUCCACUUCCUGGCUCUGGUGGGUACCCAGGGUCGCCAUGCCGAUGGGCACGGCCAGGAGUUUGCCCGCAGUUAUCGCCUUCGCUACUCCCGAGAUGGACUGAAAUGGAUCACCUGGAAGGACCGAUGGGACCAAGAAGUCGUGUCAGGUAACGAGAACACCUAUGAUGUCGUGCUCAAAGAUCUGGGCCCUCCCAUUGUGGCUCGCAUGGUGCGCUUCUACCCCCUCGCUGACCGGGUUAUGAGCGUCUGCCUUCGGGUGGAGCUCUAUGGUUGUGUAUGGAACGAUGGGUUGAAGGCUUACACAGCUCCAGUGGGUCACCUCAUGCACUUGCCCGGCAUGUCCGUCUAUCUGAACGACUCCACCUAUGACGGGAGCACAGAACAAGGGAUGCAGUUUGGAGGCUUGGGUCAGCUAUGUGACGGUGUCCUGGGAGGAGACGACUUCAUACAAACCAAGGAGCUGAGGGUGUGGCCCGGCUAUGACUACCUGGGCUGGAGCCGAGAAGCCCUUGGGCAAGGCAGUGUGGAUAUUGAAUUCGAUUUUGAGAAACCACGUGUCUUCCACAACAUGCAGGUGCACAGUAACAAUCGCCACACGCAGGGUGUACGAGUCUUCAGCAAAGUCGAAUGUCUUUUUAAACCUGGCAUUCUGCAGCCCUGGUCUUCCCCUGCCCUUACCCUGCCUGUGCCCCUCGAGGAUCUGAAGGACCCCUCCUCCCGGCCCAUCACCCUACCGCUCGGCGGACAGGCGGCUCAGAUCCUUCGCUGUAAAUUCUACUUUGCAGACCGUUGGCUGCUCAUCAGUGAGAUAUCCUUCCUCUCUGAGCCAUUUGAGGAAGAUGUUACAGGCGCUGAUUCAUUUCCUCACAAUUUUCCCAAGAAUCGCAACACCAGUUCUUUUCCUCCUCCCGUUAACCAAACCACCUCUCCUCCUACAUCAAGCUCCUCCAGCACCACCGCCCGGCCUUCUGACCCCCCCUUCACUACCACCUUCAUGAUGGACACCACUGGUAACUGGACACUGGCAGGGCCUGAAGUUGGUGGUACUCCAAGACCAGGGCUUCCUGUAGCAGUAGAUGAUGGCAGUAAUACUGCCAUUCUGAUUGGCUGCCUGGUGGGCAUCAUCCUGCUGCUGCUGGCUGUGAUAGCUGUCAUUCUUUGGAGACAGUAUUGGAAAAAGAUCCUGGGCAAGGCCCAAGGUAGUCUUUCCAGCGAUGAGCUGCGCGUUCACCUGUCCGUCCCUUCAGACAACGUGGUCAUCAAUAACACACACAGCUACUCAAGCCGCUACCAGCGCAUCCAUACUUUUCCGGAUGACCGUGACCAUGACAGAGAGGGAGAAGGGGAAUAUCAGGAACCCAGUGCUCUGCUCCGGACAAGAGAUCACAGAGACAGCACAGCAUUGCUGUUAAACAACCCAGCCUAUCAUCUGCUUCUACCAGACCCCAGAAAAGGCCUGAGAGCCCUAGUCGUCCCCAGCUCCACACAGGCUCAGGAAAAGAGCCUCAAUGUGGCCCAGGCCUGUGGUUUGGACUUGGACAUGGAGAAGGGUUUCCCCCCAGUGCACGACGAGCCUCCUCCCUACCCCGGCUCCCCUCCUUACCCCUCCCUGUCUCCGCCUGUGUCUCCCCCGCUGCCUCCCAGCGUCCCCCACUACGCUGAGGCAGACAUCGUGAGCUUGCAGGGUGUCAGCGGUAACAACACCUAUGCCGUGCCUGCCUUGACUUCCUCGAGCCCCGGGGCCGAAGCUGCCCUGCUGCCGGAGCUGUCGCGUCAGUGUCUCAUCUUCAAGGAGAAACUGGGAGAGGGCCAGUUUGGGGAGGUGCACCUGUGUGAAAUUGAGAACCCUCAGGACCUUCCCAAUUUGGAGUUCCCCUUCAAUGUCAGAAAAGGUCGCCCUCUUCUGGUAGCUGUGAAGAUACUGCGCCCAGAUGCCUCCAAGAAUGCUAGAAACGACUUCCUGAAAGAGGUGAAGAUUCUGUCUCGCUUGAAGGACCCGAACAUCAUCCGACUGCUGGGAGUGUGUGUGAGCAGUGAUCCCCUCUGCAUGGUCACUGAAUACAUGGAGUGUGGAGACCUGAACCAGUAUCUCUCCCACCGAGUGCUUCUGGACAAAACCGGACCUUCACACAAUACGCCAACCAUCAGCUACCCUGCCCUCAUCUCCAUGGCCAGCCAGAUUGCAUCAGGAAUGAAGUUUCUCUCGUCUCUCAACUUUGUGCACCGGGAUCUGGCCACGCGUAACUGUCUGGUCGGGGGCGAGAAAGGUGAAAGGGGAGAGGACCGAGGUGGUGAGCGUCACAUCAAGAUAGCUGACUUUGGCAUGAGCAGAAACCUGUACGCCGGAGACUACUACAGGAUCCAGGGCAGAGCUGUGCUGCCGAUACGCUGGAUGGCCUGGGAGUGCAUACUCAUGGGGAAGUUUACCACGGCCAGUGAUGUGUGGGCGUUUGGGGUCACUUUAUGGGAGAUGCUGAGUGUCUGUCAAGAGCAGCCGUACUCCAACCUUACAGACGAACAAGUCAUCGACAACGCUGGGGAGUUCUUCAGAGACCAGGGCAGACAGGUCUAUCUGAGCAGGCCGGCCGUGUGUCCUCAGGGUCUUUAUGAGCUCAUGUUGAGCUGCUGGAACAGAGACUGCAAGCUCCGCCCAUCCUUUGCUUACAUCCACUCCUUUCUUACAGAGGACGCCAUGAACAUGGUGUAAACAGAGAAGCAGAGAAACACAACAAGGAGAAAUGCAAUGCUAGACAGGGGAACCAGCUUAUACGUUCUUCCACCCUUGCUACGGUGGGAAGGCGUGGUGGAGGUUGCACACAGAGCAGAUAAAUAGGAAGUAGGGUGCUCGCUUUUUAUUUUGUACUUAUUGGGUGGAUGGGCAGAGAGACCGCUGGUUCGGUUUUAUUUUCCGUUCAGACCCCAAAGACGAAUAACAGUCCAAGCUACAUUUCUGCGGUUGGUGAUGAGUGCAGUCUGCAUAGAAACUUUGUCUCUUCUCAGAUACUUAAUUAGGGAGGGUUAGUGUUGGAGGUGAUGAAGUUGAUGAUGCAGCCAGCUACAUCACAGGAAAUAAAUAGCCAGCUGCAGAUGGCAGGCUUCUCUAACCUGGGUGAUGGAUCUUAACGUUAUCUCAGCCCCAUAUUCAUACAUAGCAAACCACAAGUUCAACUCUUGUUUUUGUGGACUAAUGUGAAAUGGAACAGACAACUCUCGCCCCCUUUCUGUAAUGUGAUUACAUCUAGUUUGCCCCCGCCCCCAAAUCUCCAUCUUUGAGCCACGGAGAAAAAAAAGUACUGUGUACCUGGUGCCAAAUGGACUUCCCAAACCUGAGGAAAGAGGCACAGAAGAGGAAGGUCUGCUGCUUCUGUGAAUGAGACGAGACCCGCAACCUUAAACAGAGACGAUGCUGCCGGGCGCGUGGAUGUGGCACCUGCUGAGGUGUUGGCAGUUUCUUUUUUUUUAUAUAUAUAUAUAUAUUUGGCUGUGACUCAGUCAAAAAGAUGUAAAAUUCCACAACCAGCUGCACUUUAAACCCCUACAUGCAUAUCCGCGGCCAUGAUGACCCUCUUCUCUGUGAUGGACCUGAAUGAUAUGAUUCCUGUCAGUGUGGAUUCUGAUGCAUUUUAAUCGUGUAAGACAAACUCUGUUUGCCUUACAACUUUCGCUACGACAAAGGCAUUGCCAAACCAUUAGAUGUAAAAUAUUCUUUUUAAAAAUGGAGUGGCAUCCUCAGUUCAUUUUAAAUGUAUGACUACCUUUUUUUUUUCCAUAAACUUUGUGUGUUAGGACAUUGCUAUAAUGGGGAAUAGUUGGAUUCCUGGUGUUAGUGUGAAUGUCAACAUCAACCACUGCAUUAUCCCAUGUUAAUACAUUAAGCUGACUGCGGUAGACUCAAUGCAUCUACCUUACUGACUACAUAUCACUGUAAAUCAGUCCUGAGAUGAUCAAGUAAUACAUGUUUACUGAUUGUAAAAGGUUGUGCCAUUUGUCAUUUUUGAUACACUGUAGUUUGAGUAACCCAUAUUUUUUAUAUAUAUACUGUAUGUACUUAGACUCCCCUUGAUGUCUGAUUUCAUCCUUCUGUGUCUAUGAGGCUGAGCGUUACAGUAUGUAAAUAGUCUAAGGACAGAAUUGUAAUUUCCUUCACUAAUAUAUAGAAAACUGUUAAAUUUGGGGUCUCUGUAGAAUGCUUGCUAUCUUGAUGCUAUUGUAAUUCACUGUGUCGUCUAUUUUUGUAGAUGUUUUAUUAAAGCCAACCUUUUCAAAUCAA